CCUUUUUGGCGCAUGCGUGUCGCAGUCAAUUCGCUGUAAACGGUAGGCUUGUUGGCGAGAAUCCUAUCAAUAAAAUUCCAGUGCUGAUUGCCACGAGCUACAACAGGGCGCCGCGGUAGACGAGAACCUGCUGCAUAAAUGCUUUGGCUCAGGGAAGGAAAGCACCGAGUUGCAGGUUUGGAUGCCGCGUUCGUCGACUGAAAAGCUGCUUGUGCUGGUGGUUAAUCGUCCCACGAGGGUGUUUAUAAACGGUGAAAAGUGAAAAAAUGUCGUUCAUUCUCCGCAGUAUACCGGAUUGAACAUACCACCCGCGGUGAAUUACUGAUAACAGCUGCUGUACCCCACGCCAUACACGUAGGCGGGUUUGUGCUGUUAACCCGUGCGCCAAAGCGGAAGUGCCUCUAGUAGUUGGUGCACGAAAAACCACUGAGAACAACUCCGAGCUUGGCCUGUCCUAGCUGCUGUUUGCUCAAGGUGCCGUUCUCGAUGUGAAAAUGACCUUCUGCCGUGUUCGGUUAUCCCUUCUGACAAUAUGGAACAUCUUUCUGGUGCUGCCGAUUGUUUCGUCGGACCAUGACUACAUGCCAGGCUAUCACCGACGGCUUCAUCCGGCAUCGUACACAAACAAAGAUGUUCAAGAAAUCUCAGAUGGCGUGGUAAAAACGAUUAACAUAUUAAUAGAAGAACAAGCGAGGCGCCGAUUCCUGGAGCAUCUGCAACAACUUCGCGCCAGUGGCAGUAACAGUCUUCCUGCGCCGUCUCACCGUGUUCAGGAUGAUUUGUCGGAACAGCAUCGCCCUACCUACAGUUACCAGUUGCCGCUCAGUAACCAGAUCAAUCCGAAUGAACCGAUCCACUUUGCCGUUGGUCCAAACGAUCCAAGGUACUAUGAUAAAACCGAUGAAAUGCUUUCCGGCGAAAGCUUGGAGUCGGUUGGCAUUUACCCACAAGAAGAUCAAAAAGGACCAUCCGUGAAUGAAGGAGGAAACGCCCGUCUUUCUGCUCCGCUACUACCAAUCCAACCUAAGAUUGGUAAGGGAGGUCACGGUCGGAAUCGUUCCAAUGCAGCAGUUGGCGCCGGAAUCGAAAGCAGCUUCACAGAUCGUACCAAUUCGAAUACAGUUGUGCAACAGCCGAUAGAACUCGGUAACCGAUUUGGCAUGUACCUUAUUGCGAUGAUAGCCGGUGUAAGUGCGGCCGUUACUGUUGCUCUGAUAUCGGUCGCUUUUGGUUGGUACACGCUACACAAGCGUAAUAAGGCUGCUGCUGACGUCGAAUAUCCGGCCUACGGUGUAACCGGGCCGAAUCGCGACACAUCUGCAGCCACUGCAGCCGCUGCCGGUGACCGCAAACUGGCACAGAAUGCCCAAAUGUAUCAUUAUCAACACCAAAAGCAGCAAAUCAUUGCAAUGGAAAACACUACCCGUAGCUCCAUACACUCAGAGCAGCCGAGUGAGGAUGAAAACGAGGAAGGUGAUUACACUGUCUACGAAUGUCCUGGAUUGGCACCGACGGGUGAAAUGGAGGUCAAGAAUCCGCUCUUCCUCGAAGAUGCCCCCGGAGGGGGAAUGUCGCUACAAGCUUCGCUCAGUGGCGAUGGUCCUGCGGUCGGUGCGCAAUAUGUAGAGAAGGCCGUUCAACCACAAACUCGCACCAAUAACAAAUAAUUUGUUGAGGGUGCCUGAGAACUACCCACACAACAGCAGCUUAGCAACUUUCAAACUCAGUUCUGUCCAUAGCUGCGCGCGAAGCGUUUACUUGAAAAAACCUAAGCCCUCCAACUUAUAACUUUUCUCGAAUUUAAAAUUCAAUCAGAACGUCACUUUACAUAAAAUUUUGUUUUUACAAAUGCUGUCUUGGAAGGCCUAAACUAGCACGGGUUACAUUUUCUCUCACUUUUCGAUUCUUUUUACUUCAAACGAUACAUGCUUUCAUAUCUUCAACGAAUCAAUUGCCUAAACGCAUCAUGAUGUUCCAUAGAGAUUCUGAACAAUUUCCACGAAUCAAUAUGACAAUUAUUGGACAGAUGGAACGAGCAUAAUGGGUAGUACAUUUGUACGAUUACUGUAAACCAAAGUUGAAUUAUGCAGUAAUGGAAGGAAGUGAAGGGAGAACACCGAAAGUGGGUGUGUAGACAACAAUUCCACACAUCCACACACAAACAUACAUAGCCACACACAGGCAUGAUUAUCUAUUAAUAUAUAAAUAUAUAUACACUUAUAUAUAUUCAUAUAUCAAUGUUAAAGAAAUUGUAUGAAAUCAGAGAUUUAUUCUUGUCAGGCACUGUGCAAUUACGUGGAGAAAGUGAAGAAGAAACAGGAGAGACAGCAACGAUCCCAUAUAAAAUGUGCAGAGAAAAAAACUAUUGUUGCAAGUGAAGAGGCUAUAGUCAAAUCAAACGGUCGAAUAGGUUGGAUAGAACGCAAGGUAAACAAUUGAUAAAAAAAGGAUGAUUGUGAUAGACAAAGAGGAAACGCUAGCAGGGGAAAGAUUAUUUUAUGAUCCAGUCUAGAAUAGUACCAAAGACGGACGAGGUCGCUGCAUCCUGUAUUACUACUAACUUUAAGUGCAAUAUGGUAUCACGAACGUGUCCGAGGCCCACAUCGCAUUGGCAACGCAUCUAGCACGCACGCAGAAGCUGUCUCAGCAAAGCACUUCCCAAUUGAACGUCUAUUAACCACGAUCCUACGAUGAGCAGUGCUGCAGUGCUAUUGAGAUCUCACGGGGGGAGCCCUUUUAACCAAAACAUGUCGCACUCCUAUCAUUUCUCGUUUCAGGUAAACCCAAAUACCCAUUUUAACCCAUCUGUAACUAAAAAAGAGUACCGCAACAAACAAUCCUCUUGAUCUCCCAUAGUUUAAAGUGAUGCUCUUGCUAGAGUAUAUAUUUGAUAAAAUUGUCUACUUCUGGAAACAUUUAUUGGUGAAAAUAAUAAAUAGCAUCAAGUGUA